AUGGCUAAUGCACUACGCUACAGCUACCUAAGAGGUCCAGGAGGUCGGUUGCAGCAUAAACUGCUCGGAUUUCUUGUUGAAAGAGUCUUCUCACCAUUAGAAACACUUACCAAAGCAAUAUGCUUGGCGCGCGAAUGGCAGGAGGCUCAGGUUCAUGGAAAGGUGCAGGACUCAACUACCCCGGCGCCGAACCGGAGAAUCAACGCAACCAACACCUUUGCUGGAGUCUCGGUGUAUACUGAUGCAUCAUGGAAAGAAGGAUCAAACAAUGCGGGGCUCGGCUGGAUCUUUACGGACCACCUAGGAAGCAUCAUUAUAAAAGAAAGCAAACUGGAGGAGUUCCUAUCGUCCCCUCUCAUGGCGGAGAGCCUAGCAAUACGAGAAGCGUUGCUUCAAGCCCGCCGGCAGGGCUACUCCACUUUGACAGUGUUCUUGGACGCUCAGACGUUAGUCAGAGCCAUCAACGACGGAAAACCUCUGAAAGAGCUGUUUGGAAUCAUCCAUGAUAUCCUACAACUGUCUCUUGAGUUCUCUGUUAUUUCCUUUGUUUACAUUUCUCGCUUGAACAAUACAGCUGCAGAUGCCCUUGCUAAAGGUGCUCUAAUAGCUUCUUCAUCUACUCAGCUUCCAGUGUAA